CUUCACAAUGAGGAUGACCCCUCGGAGUCUUCAGCAGCUGAGGAGCCCUCCACGUCUACGGAGACUCUGCAGACCCCCCAGACAGCAGCCUUAUCUGAAGCAGAUACUUCCCCUCCACCUUACUGUAGCAUAGCUGUAGAAGCAGCUGCAACCUCAGAAACACACAAUGAAUUUUAUCCUGUACCACCUCCAUACAGUGUAGCUACCUCUCUUCCUACUUAUGAUGAAGCAGAGAAGGCCAAAGCUGCAGCAAUGGCAGCUGCUGCAGCAGAAGUUGCCCAACGACACGCCCAGUUUAGGGAGUCUAGGAGUCUGUUUGAUGAAAUAUUCCUCAGUCGUCCAGAGGAAGAAGAGUAUCCACCACGAGAUGAUUUCAGUGAUGCAGAUCAGCUUAGAGUGGGCAAUGAUGGCAUCUUCAUGUUGGCAUUUUUCAUGGCGUUUAUUUUCAACUGGAUUGGAUUUUGUUUAUCCUUCUGUAUAACAAAUACCAUAGCUGGAAGGUAUGGUGCAAUCUGUGGAUUUGGUCUCUCCCUGAUCAAAUGGAUUCUCAUUGUACGGGACUCCUCCUGUUCUUUCGAGGCUUCGUUAAUUAUCUUAAAGUCAGAAAUAUGUCUGAAAGCAUGGCAGCUGCCCACAGAACAAGAUUUUUUUUCUUGUACUGAAGACUGCAUCGAACAGACAUUCCUUUCCUAUACCAGUGUGAAACUUCCAGAUGAUCUGUAACCCUCUGAGUUAAUAGGAUAGAAGACUACUAAAACCAGAAGAUGAAUUAGUGAAGAUACGGCUUCUAAAAUGAAUGGCGGGAUGGUUUAAGCUCAAAUACCAGUUCUGGUCAUUCUAGUAAAUAUUUAUAAUUGCUGUCUUUUGUUUUAGCACAUUUGUAUAUGUGCUUAUUAAAAAGAUAGUAUUGAAGUGAGAAUGAACCAUCUGUUAAUAUAGCUUAAGUACAGUCAGACUCGGUUAAUCUGUGCUUGUUGUAUCUGAAAGAUUUAAGUGGUAACUUGUUUCACAGCAUGUGUGUACCACUGACUUGUUGAUCUGAACUUUGAGUACAAUGAAAUGCAUUAAAUGAUUCAGAUUAACCAGUUCAGACAGGUUUUUUUAUAUAAUUUAGAUUCAUCUAAUGAUUGUGUAGAACAUUUUUAAGUUUACUAAACCCAGACUUCCUUGUUGUCACAAACUUGUAUUUGCCGUUAUUUUAUCAAAUUCAAACCAAUAUACUGGUUUGCUUAAAACUGAUACUCCUCUUUGAGUCCCCUGUAAAUAACUCUGC